GUGCUUUUCUCACAAUAGAAUACAUUUGUGCUCCAUUAAAUCCACGAAAAUGUCCUCAAAUAAUAAUAAAAAUUAUGAUAGUAAUUCCCAGAUUCCGCCACCACCAACAACAACAACAACGGGUAACAUUCAAUGUGAAAAUAAAGCUGGCAGUCCUGAAAAGACAAUAAAUCUAAAUGACUUUUUGGAUUUUUUAAAUUUGUCAUGUCAUGUCAAUGACAUGAUUUCUCAGACAUCAACACAAACACAUUUCGGCAAGGAUACUGGUCACACUCAUCAUCAACAUCAUCAUGUGGCUGGAAAGAGUGGAAGCAACCAUGUCACCAACACAGGUGCCGUUCCCAAGUCCCAUGGUUCGCAAAAGCCUUUGGAUUUCCAACAAUUGGCCAACAACCGUUUGGUAAAUGAUUUAUUUGGCUAUCGCAACAGUCCAAAGUCAACAAAUAUGCCAGAUGAGCUGACAGAUAGUGGACCGAGUACUGGGAGUAGUGGUGGCGCCGGUGAGGUAAAUCGAUUGCGCCGUCACAAUUCGAUAGUUUUGCCCAAAUCGAAGCAAGGCAGCAAUACCGGUGGCGGUGAUGGAAUAUUGCAUCCAAAGUUAAAUGAAAAAUUGGAUUUUAUACUCAACGAAGGGAUAUUGGAUGCGGUAUUGCCGUUUAUAUGUCCGGUGCCAUUGCCGGCGAAUUACAAUAAUCGUUUGAAACCGAAAACCAAAGAAACCACAUCAAAAGUUUCCUCAACAACGGUUUCAUCGGCCACCAAUGCCGCUGAUAAUGAAGCUGAGCCUUCGGCCGCAACAACAGCUACUAAAGACAUUAAUAGCAGUGCCACAAAAACCUCGGGCAAAACUCCUACCUCAUUGAGCGUGGCUAAGACCUUAACAACUAUCCAGUCGGGUUCCACUACAAAACGGGAACCCGAAGUCAUCAUUCAUGUCUGCGAUGAGGUUAAAAAUACAUCUAAAGAUUUCCUUUGUCCUCAGAGUUUGUUAGUCAGCAAGAUGGGCUAUUUUGCCGAUGUUACUGCCGGUCAAAAAUUAGAGGACAUGGAUAUAUCCGUCCAUUGCGACAUUCAAAUAUUCGAUUGGCUAAUGAAAUGGGUAAAAUCCGAAUCAACAUCGUCAAGUGCUAUGGAUCCAUCGGAGGGGCCGCCAAACUUGAAUGUAAACAAUGUGGUACCCAUCCUGGUAUCGGCAAGUUUUUUACAGAUGGAACCAUUGCUAUUGGAUUGUCUGAGCUUUUGUCAUUCCCGUUUGGGUGAAGUUGUGAAGGCCUCUACGAAUCUCUCCUGUCUCAACGAUUCGAUUAUUACCCGAUUGGCUGAUAUGUUUACAAAUGUCGAACUGGAAAUGGUGCGUGACAAAAAGGAUCGUCUGUUACCACGCCUAUGGACAAAGCUCAUACAGAGUUUAUGCGAACCCGAACCGGAGGCCCUGAGAGGACACUACUAUAGUUUGGCAGGAUUGUUUCGGUGUUGCAAAUGCAAUCGCUGCCUGACCAACACCAUGAAAUCCUAUGUCCAGUGUGUCCAGGGCAAUGUGCGUCUAAAUCGUUGGGGUCAAUUGGUUAGUCACCAUGUCCGCGAUACCAUGUGGGACCUGAAUCUGUACAUUGCCCAGUUGUUUAAGGAAUUUAAAUCGUGGCGUCGUGUCUACUGGAAACUCUGGGGUCAUGCCCAUUAUUUGUAUUGUUGUUUGUGUGAAAUGUAUUUUCCGGUGUAUCAGAUGUCUUGGUGCCGUUAUCAUCCUGAAGCACCCACAUUUCUUGGGCCAGUCACAGAUGGUCGUACAACAGGUGCUGCUGGACGUUAUCCUUGUUGUGGGCAGCAGGCAUUUCGAUUUGAGACCCUACCGGGACCAAAUGGUUGCCAGUUUCGUGAACAUAGCGUUUUGGUGGAAACUGAUCGAGAGCGCUCGAUUUUGUCCAUUGUUCAAUUGGCCACCGAAGGUCAUGCAUUGGGUGAUUGCCCCCCUCCAAAGAUGUUGGAAACAAUGACCAGCGGAGAAAGUGAAUCACGCUGGAUGCUUUUGUCGCUAAUGCCACAGCGAUGUCGCCAGGGCUUAUUGCCUAUCUUAAAUCCGGAUGAAUCCCAUAGCCGCAUUGCCCGGCGCGUUCGUCCAGCAUCUUCAAGAUUUUUUGCUGACUCCAGUACCGAAACCGAAAGUACCGAUAACACUUUGGAAAACCUACGGGCUACUUCUCGUAAAUUUGGAUUGGGUGACUAUGGCAGCAGUUUGUCGACCAGCAGCAGUGAUGGCUGUGAAUCGUCCGAUAGCAAAAUAAUGAUUCCCAAAAAGAGUUACAACAAGAAGCAUCAUCGCAAGAGCAAACAACCUCUAAAUCCCGGUCGCUAUUGGUCGGGCGAGUUGUCGGCCCGCAGCAAUCAAGACAACCAGCGUGAAUUCGAAGAGAAGGUAAUGAAACAAGUUAUAGCGUUGGUGCGAAAAAAGAAUGGCACAGACAUCAAUGUCAACAAACCGGCUCGACCUUUGGGUGGAACCUAUGUCAAACUGGAACAGGAAUGGAAGGAACAACUGAAGCAACGUUUCUACAACACCGCGUCUGCGAACAACUCCAGUUCCCAGGCGAAUGGUGGUAACUGCGGCGGCAGCAGUAUGACAUCAUUGUCGGUAAAGGCAUCACGUAAGAAGCCCGACAAUGGCCAAAUUCUAUCGAUUACUGAAUUGAAACAAUUAAUUUACAAGACCAGCCUAAGCUCUCUGCAUGAGCUAGUUACCGGUUUAGUUCAAAACCACAUAAACGUACACCCAUACAUACCUAUGAAUUUCAUUUGCUGUCUUGCCGCUUUGUGCGCCGUUGCUGUAGCCCGACCCGAUCAGUACGAUGCUGCUGCGGAGACUCGCAGCUACAGCAGUGACCUUAAGGAGGAUGGCAGCUAUCAAUUUCAAUUUGACACCACAAAUGGCAUUGCGGCUCAGGAGUCUGGGGUAGGCGGUUACUAUGCCAGCGGUUCAUCGGCCUACUAUGCUCCCGACGGCCAACUAAUCACAUUGACCUACACGGCUGACGAGAACGGUUUCCACCCGGCCGGUGACCAUUUGCCCACCCCACCACCAAUUCCCACUGCUAUCCUCAAGGCCUUGGAAUACAUUCGCACUCAUCCCCACGAAGAGGAAAGACAAGGUGGUGCUGCCAAAGUAAAGCACGUGCUACAAGACAAGCGUUAUCAUCAUUAAGUUAUUGUGUGGUGACCCAGCGGUGUCCUCUGAUUAGAUUUAGGGUUUCCUUUUUCUAAUUUUAAGUGUUUUCCCCCAAACCCAUGCCAUCCCGUUUGAACUCCCGCCCCAUCCAUCCAUCCAUACCCACAGACCACCAACACCAUCCAAUCAAAAAUCCCUAAUUGCCCAGCUAUUGUUAAAUGUUAUGAAAGAAUGAAACAACAAAAGAAAGAAA